CUAGCCGGCAAAGUAUAUUUUGCGCGAAUUUCAGUUUUCACCAAAAUAAAUAAUAAUUAAAAAACCAAAAUGUCGGCUGGCAUGCCCAUCAAUCCAAAACCAUUUCUAAAUGGUCUAACCGGCAAGCCGGUGCUCGUCAAAUUGAAAUGGGGCCAGGAAUACAAAGGAUUUCUAGUGUCCGUCGACGGCUACAUGAAUAUGCAGUUGGCCAACACUGAGGAAGUUAUCGAGGGCUCUGUGACGGGAAAUCUAGGCGAAGUCCUGAUACGCUGUAACAAUGUGCUCUACAUUAAAGGCAUGGAGGAUGACGACGAGGAGGGCGAGAUGCGCGAUUAACACAAAACAACAAAAAAACAUUUUUAGCAUUAAGUGUAACAAUGAAUGAUAGUAAUGGAAAUAAAUAUAUAUUAUUUAUAUAUAUAAAAACA